AUGGUUAACGGAGGAAAGUCCAAGGAGGAAGGCAAUCGUAAGAAGAGAAAGAAUCAACAAGUAACAUCGAGCAACAUGGUUUUGAAAAGGCUUCUUCGUCCAGCAAGGUACUUCGAUGGUUUGAUGACUAACCCUUGUUAUAAUCCCACCAAGCCUCGUAGGAAGCCUUGUUUGAUAUGCGCUAGUGUCCAACAUGUUACAAAGCACUGCUCAAUGAACCACCCAGACAAAGAUUGUUCUGAUAAGACAUCAGCUUGUUUAAGAUGUGGAGGCUUAGGACACGAAAUGGGUUUGUGCAAGUACGAAUACACUGAGGAUGAUUUGAAGAAUGUACAGUGUUAUGUCUGUAAAAGCUUUGGUCACCUGUGCUGUGUCGAGCCUUGUGAUUCACCGCCCUCUUUGUGGGCUGUGUCUUGUUACAGAUGUGGUGAACUGGGUCAUACUGGACUGUCGUGUGGUAGACACUACGAGGGAAGCCCUGAUAUACAACGCGGAUUUGGUCGAGUCAAAGAAGAUGAGAAGAAAAAGCGACGUCUUGCUACUUCUGCAGCCAUUUCCGAGCUCGGGAAGAAGAGGGAACGUGAGACAGCCACACUAUCAUCACUCAAGACAAAUGAUGUACACUCAGAAGAAAAAUCUAUUCUUCAUGACUCCAACUGGACUAUGAUGAUGAAUAAGAAGAAGAAGAAGAAGAAGAAUAACAAAAACUCGGAUCAGCAUGUUACUGCUCCUGAAUCCAACGGCGAGAAGAAUGAUGGGAAUUUGGAACAACAUUCUACUGGAAAGACGAAGAAGAAUAAUGAAUCCAACAGGAAGAAGAAGAAGAAGAAGAAGAAAGCUAAAGGUGAACAGACCCCUGUAGCAGAGAAACCAAAUCUUAGAAGUGGUUGGAUAACAGAGUAUUUGGAAGAAGAUCCUUUCCACAGAGGAAAGAUUAGGAGGCUGUGUUCGCCCACUACACCAUCGGGUUAUGACCACCAUAUUUUACCUGUUUCGCCACCGAGUCAUAACCACAGAUUGGCCACUACACAUAUGGUCAUUUCUGGUGGGCAUUACCCGGGUUCUCACUCAACCACACAAUAUGAUAGAAACCUUAUAAAUUCAUCUUUUGUGUCUAAUGAGCAUCUCUCGGGUCCUCCACCAAGGCUGUGGCAGCGUAACUAUCCUCCUACCUCUCCUAUUGCACCAUUAGGUCAUAGCCACCAUCGGUUACCCGUUACACCACCGGGCCAUAACCAUUGGUCACCAACAUUCAGUUCUGGCGGGCCUUAUACGGGUUCUCUAUCCAUGGAACCAUGCGGUGGUAACCGUAGAUAUUUAUCAUUCGAGUCUAAUAGGCAUCUCUUGGAUCCUCCAAUUUCAAGGCUGAGGCAGAGUUACUAUUCUCCUACCUCUCCCAUUACACCAUCAGGUCACAAUCAUAUGUUACCAACAUUCAGUUCUGGUUGGCGUUCCACAGGUUCUCUGUCGACCAUACCACCACAUGGUGGAAACCAUAGAGAUCCAUCCUUCGGGUCCAAUGGACAUCACUUGGAUCCUCCAUUUUCAAGGGGGCAGCCUUAUUAUCAAUCUACCUCUCACAUUACACCAGCAGGUCAUAACCACCAUAUGUUACCCAGUACAUAUCUGGAUCGUAACCAUAUGUUAUCCAGUACAUAUAACCAGAGAUCACCAACAUUCAAUUCCGGUGGGCAUUACUCGAGUCCUCUGUCAAGCACACGAAAUGGUGGAAACCAUAGAAAUUCACCAUUCGAGUCUAAUGGGCAUCUCUCGGGUCCUUCAACUUCAAGGUGGCAUCCUUAUUAUCCUCCUACAUCUUCAUAUCAUCAUCAUCAUCAUCAUCAUCAGCAGCAGAACAUAUAUGGUCAUGCACCCUCAAGGUAUGGUCCGCCCCACCACUAUGGAGAAUUUUCAGGCAACUAUGAACGGUGGUAG